AUGAAUUGUGCUUCAACGGCUACCAGCAGCGAUCAUCCAGCAACGGAGAACGGGCCAACGACAGCAGACGAUCAUCAGCAAACAACGGGCGGCGGCGAUUCACAAGAUAAUCCACAAGCAACAGACGGCGAGUUUCGGGCAAUGAACGGCGAUUUACAAGCAACGAAUGGCGAUCUGCAGGCAGCGAAUGACGACGAUCCGAAGGCAGAUGACGACGACGACGACGACGACGACGAUGCAGCUUCAACGGACAGCGAUCCUUUAGCGUUCCUGAACGAGCCGUUACCGCGGACAGGGAGUGACAGCUCAUGGGCGAGGGAAGGCCGUCGUUUAGUAACAGAAAGUUUCCUAAGAGAUGAACAGGAAAGCUGGGAGUCAGUGGGGCGAAACGCGGAUGAUUUUGCUUUGUUGUCGCAUGCGGAGCGGAAUGAAGGUGAGAUUGAUGGUGCAAAAUGGGUCACGCCAACGCAGCGGCCGAUGAUCUCGUACCUGGACGAGGAGGUGAGGAGAAAUAUCCUAACACCUCCAUUCGCCACUUUGGUGUCUGUGAACGAUAGAAAUUUGAUCACGCUCACCAAGGAGGUGAACAGCUGGAAGAAUCAGUUUGCUGAGGCGCUUGGUCGUAAUCAGUUGCUCACGUUCAAAAUAAAAAAUUUGAGUCGAGAGAAUGCUCGACUGCAGGGUGAUCUGCUGCGGUUGCAGUCUCACUUCGAGAACACAAUCCUCCAGCAGCAGAAGGCUUUUCGGAAAACCGAGAACGAGAUGCGCACUCAAAUUAUUUGCCAGGAGCAGGAUCUUAAAGCCAAGGAAUUUCGUGAACGCCUGAAAAAUGCUGUAGCAGUUGCGGGACGAAAUUCGCAAGCAGGGAUACUAAGGAUUGUGCAGAGCGAAGAUUCCCCGCUGCUGCGACUCAAGAAAGUACAAAUACCUGGUAAUCGGUAUCGAAGGACUCCAAAACGACAAAAUCGCAGCAAGGUAGCUGACGAUGCUAGUGCAGCUGCUGGUGAUCAGGAAAACUUGGAAGAACAGGCGAGUAACAGAGAUGGCAAAGGCGAUCCGGCUACCAGUCCUCAGGAAUAUUACAUCCAGACAAGCGAAGACAAUCCAUACGAUGCUUCAUGCCAUCUUCCGGAUAACCAGCUUUUCAAACUUUGCAAACAACGCGAAAAGCUCGUCACUAUUGGUUUCUGGAAUUUGGCGCCUAAUAUGUUUGAGGAGCGUGAUAAAACGAACAUCCAGUGUUUGUGUAAACAUUUCGUAACAACAGAACCGUGGUAUGUGUACCUCGUUCUUAUGCUUUUUGUUGCGUUAAUGGCCCAUGCAAAAAUCAUUUUGGUGAAUCCAUUUAUGUGUACAUUUGUCUCAUUGUAUGUAUAUCUGUUCGAAUAA